AUGCCCAGAGGAUUUCUGGUCAAACGGAACAAGAAGACCACCCCGGUGUCUUACCGGGUCCGUGCCGAGGAUGAAGAAGCGGAGCCCGCGCCCUGUGACGCUCCUCCAUCCUCCGCCGCGCCUCUCCUCUCCGUCCCUCUGCGCGCACAGACGCCGACGCCCUCCUGCGGGGCGGCGGCUCCGGAGCAGGAGAGCAAACCGGUGCAGUUCGGGAACCCGGAGCUGGUGUACCAGGCUCUGUACAGCCCCACCAGACCCGUCAGCCACGACCACGACCGGUCCUACCUGGAGAGACGCUUCAACCUGGGCUCUCCGGUCACCGCCGAGUCCUUCCCCGGAGUGGAGACAGCAGCUCUCACUUUGGACCAGCUCUUCGCCCCGGUGGAUCUGAAGAUCGGCACCAGCAGCAGCGGCACGUCCACCGCGACCCUCCCCACCGCCGGGACCAAACGAGCCUCCGGCGACAGCGAGCGUAAAGGAAAACCAGCAUCCAAGAAAACCAAAGCUAUCCGUAAACUGCACUUUGAGGACGACGUCACCACAUCUCCGGUCCUGGGUCUAAAAAUCAAAGAGGCCCCGGUGCAGCAGAAACCAGCUGGAGGAGAAAGCCAGCCUCUGGGGGAGUUCGUCUGCCAGCUGUGCCGGGAGGCAUACGCUGACCCGUUCGCUCUGGCCCAGCACAAGUGCUCCAGGAUCGUCCGGGUCGAGUACAGGUGUCCCGAGUGCGACAAGGUGUUCAGCUGCCCGGCCAACCUUGCCUCACAUCGGCGGUGGCACAAACCGAAGCAGCAGAGUUUGGAGAGCGAGAAGGCGGCCGGGUCCGGAAAGGCAGAGGAAGUGAAGGAUUCUAGUGACAGAGACACGCCCAGCCCAGGACCGUCCGAGUCCGGCUCAGAGGAGGGGCUGUACGAUUGUAACCACUGUGGGAAAAAGUUCAAACGCCAGGCAUACCUGCGGAAACACCUGGCGUCUCAGCACGGCUCCCCGAAGCCGGCGGAGGACGAGGACGCACUGGGCUGCGAGCAGAGCACGGCGCCACUCAACCUGAGCGCCUCCACCUGCCACCUGUGCCCGGUCUGCGGAGAGACCUUCUCCAACAGAGGCAGCCAGGAGCGCCACAUCCGCCUGCUGCACUCCUCACAGGUCUACCCCUGCAAAUACUGCCCCGCCGUCUUUUACAGCUCGCCAGGACUCACCAGACACAUCAACAAGUGCCACCCGUCCGAGAACCGGCAGGUGAUCCUGCUCCAGAUGCCGCUCCGCCCAGCCUGCUGAUCCGGGACGUUGUGCUGCUUUCACACUGUCAGAUAGGAAGGCCACAAAGUCCCGCCUUAAAUCAUGGAGGGUUUCAGAGUUACACUGCAAAAAUACCCGACUAACAGAGAUCCAGUCGGAAGACGUGGCCCCUAAAGUCAAAAAUACCCGACUAACAGAGAUCUGGUCUAGAAGAUGUGGCCCCUAAAGUCAAAAAUACCCGACUAACAGAGAUCCAGUCGGAAGACGUGGCCCCUAAAGUCAAAAAUACCCAACUAACAGAGAUCUGGUCUAGAAGACGUGGCCCCUAAAGUCAAAAAUACCCGACUAACAGAGAUCCAGUCGGAAGACGUGGCCCCUAAAAUCAAAAAUACCCGACUAACAGAGAUCUGGUCUAGAAGAUGUGGCCCCUAAAGUCAAAAAUACCCGACUAACAGAGAUCCAGUCGGAAGACGUGGCCCCUAAAGUCAAAAAUACCCGACUAACAGAGAUCUGGUCUAGAAGACGUGGCCCCUAAAGUCAAAAAUACCCAACUAACAGAGAUCUGGUCUAGAAGACGUGGCCCCUAAAGUCAAAAAUACCCGACUAACAGAGAUCUGGUCUAGAGGACGUGUUUCCUAAAGUCAAAAAUACCCAACUAACAGAGAUCCAGUCUGGAAGAUGUGGCCCCAAAAGUCAAACAUACCUGACUAACAGAGAUCCAGUCUGGAAGAUGUGGCCCCUAAAGUCAAACA